UUCGCAGUUGUCGCCGCGGUUUCUCCUUCGCAACUCCCCUUCGACGGUCACGUUCUCUAACUCUUCCUUUUUCUUUUCGGCGUUGCUGCGCUGAGGAUUAAUGAGUGUACGUGAGCUCCUCGCUACGAGCAGCGUUCCGCCGAGGUUUCGCAAGAGAAGCGCGCGCAGAUGAGCGGGGCCUUUUCUCUCUCUCGCUCCUUCCCCCCGUUUCCCAUCCUUCCCGAGAAACAUCGCCUCCUGGCAGUUUUCUCAGCAGUUGUGGCAGCGCGCCGCCAGCGGUCGUGCUCGGUCUUACGAGCCGCCCACUGUUUCGCGUCCCACCUUUAGUCUCCCCGCAUCGUAGAGAAGCCUGAGAGCAUCCUUUUUUUCCCCCAAGUCUCUCUCCCUUUCUUCUAAUUUCAACACCGCACCCAGCUCCUCCUCUCGGGGCGAGACGCUGCCCAAAAAGAGUCGCAGAAAACGAGACGAUAGAGCGACGGUCCUUGCGUGUCCGGCUCCCUCGCCCCGACUCGGAAAGGACGCAGGGUCUGGAUGAAGGGAGAAUGAAGCGGGCAGCGACCGCGUCCGGCGUGUGGGCGACGUUGCUGGCUGGGAGGCGCGGCGGCGGCAGUGGACGCCCGAAUCGCGCCGCCGUGUGACCGGCAGCAAGGCGCGCGGUGCGAGCGAGUGUGAGCGCGUGCGUGCGUGCGUGGGUGUGGCGUGGUGAACGACGACGCUCCCGUCGACCGAGAGUGCGUGCGUGGGAAGAGCGGUCUCGCUGUUGUGUGCGCCUCCGCCAGUUUUUUUGAGGCCUCCCGUCCAACGGCCACGGUUUAAACCGCGUGUCCCGUUCUUGGCUCGCUGCGCUUAUACCGGCGAUCAUGGAGAAAAGCGAGAAGAAGCCGAUGCGCUUCUCGUUCCGGCGCCGUCCCAAGAGCGUCAGCGUGGACCGAUCCGAGCCGCACAUCGUCGCCGACGCCAACAUUGCCCAGUACUUGGAGAAGAUGCACUACAUCAGCCAGGAAGAGGCCGUCAAGAUCGACCAAGAGCUCUUCUCGGAGUAUGCAUACAGUUUGGACCAGCUCAUGGAGCUGGCGGGCCUCAGUGUAGCCACUGCAGUCGCAAAGUCCUACCCUAAGGCGACCAUGACCAAAGGCGCCACCGUGCUUGUCUGCUGUGGACCUGGCAACAACGGUGGUGAUGGGCUCGUUUGUGCCAGACACCUUAAGCUUUUUGGUUAUGAACCAUCAGUGUUCUACCCGAAGCAGUCCAACAAGCCUCUGUUCCAGAACCUGACCAAGCAGUGCCAGGAGAUGGAGGUGCCAUUCCUGUCCUUCCUUCCAGACUCGCAGCUCAUUGCAGACUCCUACAAUGUAGUUGUGGAUGCCUUGUUUGGGUUUAGCUUCAAGCCUCCUGUGCGGCCAGAGUUUGCAGACGUGCUUGAGAAGAUCAAGAAGGUGAAGAUCCCAGUGGUCAGCGUUGAUAUUCCCUCAGGCUGGGACGUGGAGAAUGGAGGCGACGCAGAGGCCCUACAGCCGGAGUGCUUGGUGUCCUUGACAGCCCCGAAACUGUGCAGCCGCAACUUCAAAGGUCGAUGGCACUGGCUAGGAGGCCGCUUCGUGCCACCCGCGCUGGCCGCAAAGUAUGAGCUCAACCUGCCCCCAUACCCUGGCACUGAGUGUUGCCUCCUCCUCACCCCGCCAACAUCCUCAUGAGGCCUCUGCCACUCACUGAAACAGCAGCUGGCCAACCCUUGCUCCGUCUGUUAUUAUUGUUCUUUUUUUUUCCUCUGUGGGCUCAAGAUUUUUAAGAGCUGAACAUUGCAUAAUGGUUGCUUGCAGUACUCACUUCCUCAUUCAGCUGUAACGCUUGUAUUGAACCUUUGGCAUUAACUGACCAUGCAUGCAAUUUCUGUCAUAACAUUCAUCAGUGUGCGUUGGUACAUGUUGUACACGCGAGAAUGGUUUGUCUGAGCUGGUUGGUUGCACAGCGUAAGAUGACUUCAGCAGAAAACGUAGAUUAGGACAAUGAGACAGGAAAUGUGCUGUGCUCAGGUGACUGCCAUCUGAACAUCUGUUCGAUACAUUGAAGCAUAACACAGGAGAACUCAUUGAGAGCACAAAGCUUGUGAAGCCCAUAACUGUGUUAUGAAUCAAUGCAUGCAAUAAAUGCUUUGUUGCUAGUUGCUGAAGUGUCCUGUUGACCUAGUCCAUGUUAUCAGCUGAAAUAAUUUAGCUAUGCUUUACACUUAGCUAUGCUCAUUUUAAGCCAUGCAGUGGGUCCACUUUUGCAUUUUCAGUGACAAAGUGCAGUGGAACGUUAUAAGAACUCUCAUUGUCAUGUUCCAAGGCUUUAGGGCAGCAGGAGUGCUACAGAAGGCUCACCACAUGACUGAGCAAUGGCUUUUGUGAUGCGACUGCUAAGAUGUGCAUUUUUUUACUCUACAAGCCAAGUCAUGCUUGAGUAGUUGUAACAGUGUAAGCAAGCAAAACAUGAGCCCACACUGCAUCCACAAGCACAGUGUACAUUUGAAGCAACUAGCAUCAGGCAAAUGUUUUUGCUUGCUGAUGAUCACUUUUUGCAGACUUUCAGUAUUCAGUGUGCAUGUUGUUGCUUAUACUGACUACGCAAAGUUUAGAAAAGGCUAUUUACUGCCAACGCUGCACUGUCCUACUGUUUCAAGCUUUGGUGCCGUUGAGCCUUCAGCAAUGGCCAUUUUGGGCUUUUGGUACUUGGGCAGAAUUAUUAAUCAACAAGCAGACAUGUGUCUGUUUAUGGCACAAGUAGGGAGCUAGCCGUUACAAUUUGUCAAAUUUGGAGUAGCACAGUCUUUGUUGUCUGCAUGUAAAUUAGAAAGGUUGUUGAGAUAACUGUAUUGCCUUACUAAAGAAAGUUUGUGUACAGCUUGUGCAGAUUUAGCAGUGAGCUUAUUCACUGUGUCAGAUAAGCCCCCACUGAACUCUGUGCAAGACCAGCAAUGUUUCAGCAGUUACACACCUGUAUUGUUACAGUCAUUUGGCAAUAUUGAUGAGAGCUGGUUUGUAUUUGUGUACUGCUAUGUGCAGGGAAGGGCAGGUAGGGUAGACUAAACAGUAGCACAGUGUAAUCCUUCCGAUUGAAAGGACUACUUAGAAAGGCCCAUCAUAGAAUGAUUAAAUCUCAUGCAUUCGUCGGUUUCACCGAACUUUGCCGACUUUGUCAUGUGUUUGCUGCCACUGAACUAGACUCUCUGUGCCGAAGUCUUUUCAUAGAGUUAGGUGGAAGCUAGCUGGAAAAAAAAAAAAAAAAAAAGAGAGAACUCGGAAGGCACGUUAUAUGAGUCAUUCAAUGUAAUGAGCAAUUAUUUUCAGAGGUUUCUGAGCCACAUUGUACAGUUUUCACCUAGAGUUCCACAGCCACUGCUGCGAAUGAUGAGUACUGCCACUGGGCUCUAUGACAGGUCUCUAAUAGCACGCCCAGUGCUCUGUAGCUCAAAAGUGGGGAGUGCUGUCGACAUGAAAAUUUCUGUGGCUUCUGAGAAAAAUUAGUUCUGCAGACGCCAUUGUACACAGCCCAGUGAUGGCUCUUGUGUGCAGUGCCUAAAAACUUGCAACAAUGACUAUACAGUCAGCCUCGAAAGUUUAUGAAGCGCGAGAUUUAAGAAAAAAGCUCAAUAUCUGCCAAGUUUGGGCAUGCAAUGUCUAAAUGAAUGAAAAACUGCAUUGUUGGCACAUACUACUACAAACACCAAUUUUCAAUGUCAGGCUGUGUGCCCAGGAUUUGUGUAAAUUCAGCUUUUUUGCAGGUACUGUGCUCUGUAAACCUCUUCAGCCAGCACUAUUCAAUGAGGGUUACAGUUGGGAUAUAUGAUCAGGCUCUUGUGGCACUCUGCUUAAAGGUUGUGGAGGACAACGGCUUCCUAAGCUUUACAGCACUCAUCAGACAUGGUCUUCAAUGCAACACCUGGAGUCAGUGCCAGUCAUGCCUUGGUUGGCUUAGGAACCUUUGAAAAUGACUGUACAUUGGUUCACCUUAUACCCAAGGCAAACAACUGUGCAAUCAUGUUACUGUUUAUUAUAUUAUAUUACUAUCGCAUGUGCCAGUGGUGUGUUGUAAUUUUGCUCAGCCUUAAACCAAGCAUAUAAAUAACUUAUAGGCUGGCCAUGGAGGCAUGGCACUGAUGUAAUUGUAUUGUGCAUAUCCUUUUCUGCAUGUUUGUUGCAAAAAUUCUUUGAAAGUUCAAAGCAGAUGCCAGACUCUUAACAGGCACUUGUUGUACACAAUGUUUUUGAAGGUGAGCUGUGGGAAGGCAUUUAAAAUUUCCUGCCCUCCUAAAAAUGGUGUUUCUCAUUGUGUUGAACAGGUGCCACAAUAGGAACUUUGUCCUUGACCUCAUUCCCUUGUUUGUUUGUGAUGCAUGUUGAGAACUUUGUAUAAAUUCUAAAUGCUUUCUUUGUUGCCCAAUAUACAGAUAAGCAAGCUGUGGUGCCUAAGUUGGUAGCCAUCAAACCUGAUAUGCUAAGUGGUGUAACUCAAAAGACUAAUCAGUGCUUACAUUAAGUCACGGUGAAAGCUUCGCUACUUGAGGUACAUCAGGUGGUUGCAGCCCAAUCUAGAAUGCCAAAUAUUACUAUCGCAUAUGUGCCUCAUUUUGAUGCAAAGCCUACAUGUGCAUGUACAUGCACAUGGAACAUCAGUCUCCAUACUUGUGGGUGAACACUUUUGUUUUCUUUCAUUACAACUUUUAUCUACAAGUUUUUAUGGAGAGUCAUGUAUAUUUUCAGUGGACAGUUGGUGUAGUCAGUACACUGGUUCUGGUAACUAUUGCCAGAUUUCGACAACCAGGCAGGCUGCCAUGCUCAAGCACAAAUGUAUGAAACCUGUGCUUAGUGCACAGAUCUUAAUGUACAGCUUUUAUCAAAGGUUUCAAAGCCACUUCACUAGUGUAAUGUCUGUUGCCAGGUUUUGUUGCAGUACUCCUAUGGCACAUCAGAAGCUUGGGAGAGCGAUAAGCAAGUUGUGGAGUGUUGGGAGUAAUGAAGAUCUUACACAAGCCACAAUGUACAGCCCAGUCACGGGUCUGGUCAGGCACAGCCUCCUUGAAACUUUUGACGAAGGCUGUGCAAUACCUAGCUUUUGCAGACAAACAUGCACACUGUAAUUAUUGUUACCAGGACACUGUGCUUAUCUUUCUGCUGAGAAAAUGGAAGGGUAUUUUCUCACUAUGGACUGUUUGGUGUAUACUGUAGCUACUUCCAUAGCAGAAAUACAGGCUUUGUACCGGUGUUAUCCAUUUCUUGCUCCAAUCCGCAGGCAAAAUAGCAAUGUGAAACUUGCAAGUAGAAUAUGCGGUUCAAAAUGGAUCUGCAGUGAAUACAGGUUCUUAAAGUUGGUUUUUGAAUUUGCAAUUUAAUGUGUGUGUGUGUCACAUAAGUCGGAUUUUAUUGCAACUGACACAUUUUGUAAAGUCUGCAGUUAUAAGGUUGCCUUUUCAUUUUUUGCUCUACUUAAAAGAAGCUUAGAAAUUUAGCAUUGUUAUUUACGGAAUUUCUGUCUUUUAGGAUACUAGUCUGAGCAGGACAUCUAACUGCACACUUAAAUUUGAAGCAUGAAUACAGUUUAACAGGCUCAAUGCUGUUAAAUGGUUUCAUGUACACGCAGUGUAGUUGUGUGCAGCGCUACUGAAAUAUGAAGCCAUAUGUGCUCAACUCUGGUAUGGCAAUGCUUAGCACCUUUUAAAAGGAAUUGUGUAAACUCUCAGUGCCCUAGGUACAGUAAAAGGUCACAUCCUGCUUUAGCGAGUGCUUUUCUGGUUAAUGUCCUCACAACUCUAAUAGCAAUUCAAGAGUGCAGUGAUUAAUACAGAAACAAUUUUGACUACUUCAAAGACUGCUUAAAAUGCAUGGAUCACAAGGUCUGAGUAGCUGCUAGGAAUCUGAACAGCUUGGACACUUGAAAAUAUUCUUUAACAUGUAGCUGAUGCCAUGUAGAAACCUGUGCAAAAAGAACUUACCUUGUAUGCUAAUAAAUUACUUGGAGCUGCACGAGCCUUCUGUGCUAGGAUUUGAUGUGGCAGUAUUUUGAUCACGGCUUAGAACAUAAAAAUUCACCGAUGAUUACGGUACUCCCUAAUGCAAAAUUUGGCUUCACAAUAUAUUGGCUAGUGCAGACAAUCUGGCUCGUGCGCCACGUUGCAAACGGAGAGAAGUGUGGCGCGACAGCCUCGCUAAUCUGGAAAUGGUCGGAGCCAGCGCGUGGGUGACGCAUGGGCGCAAUUUACAGCAGCCACGGUUGACACGCCUACCAGAUGACGCGCGCUAUUCUGGCGCCAUCUUGUAGCCAUCGUCGCUGCAUUACGCUUUCGCCAUGCCCUCUUCCUCCUCCGCUUUCUGCUACUGCUGCACCCUCUUCCUCCGCUUUCCUCCUCGCAUUUUUCAUCCCCCACUGCGCUCUGCAUUCGCUCUUUCAUUCUUUGCUGUACUUGUUUGCUCGGUUACGCCGACGCUCGCCACUGAAACAGGCGCCCAAAAGCUCCACUCUAAAAUGCCACAUUUUAAAGUGAAGAAAGCAGGGCACAGGGCAUAAGUGCCUUGACCUAGGCGUGUCCGUGUAGAAAAUUUUAGACUGUUGUGAGGGCUGGCUAGUUAUAUGUGCUACAUAGGAAGUGAUAAGCUUCAUUUACCGUUAUAUGUGGACGUUUUCUGAAGCUAUAUGGUCAACACACCGUUGUGCAAACACAGAGAAAGGCAGAACUGUUUGGAAAAGUUUGCUAUGCAAAGCAGUGCUAAUAAAAACACGCAUCAUCUGUCGCACAGAAGGGCAGCCUAGUCUUGCAGCUCAAAAAUGCAAUAGCGUAGGUGCUGUAUUCAGUGGAAAUUUGUAGCAAUCUUGAGAAAAAGAAAAGUAUUUGCCUGCUGUGCCUUUAUUGUAGCACUGCAAGAAUGGCAUCACUUGCUGUCUAGAGUAGUUAUGUGCUGACCAUUGCGGCAGAUAGCCAGGAAGCCUCGAGCAACCCCAACAGCAGUUUUCAUAUUUUUCAAACCUUCUUGAGCACAGUGCAUGUUUUAGGAUGCAGCUGAGCAUUCUGUUGCUUACUGAAGCCAAGUAGGAGAAGCAAACGUGCCUAGAAAAGACAAGUAGGGCCAAGAAUCUUGUCAUUUGGAUUGUGCACAAUACAGUAUGCAGUGUCGACUUGGCAAGAGCUUUGAAACUGUAAAAUGUGAAGCUUGCUGCUUGUACGUCUGGUUAAACUAGCGUUGAUGUCGUCACUGGAGGCCUGUGUAUACAGAUUGUAAUCACAUUUGCAUCACCCAUUGACAAUGCCCAUCCCUAGGCUGACUUCUAACACUUUUUUUUUUUUCGUGUUUAUCACAGGCUAGUUAGCGCAGAAACCAUGUACAGAAUGAACACUCAUGCGAUCUGUUUUGUGCAAAUAAUGCAUCUGGCACUUGUAGUUAACUAAGUGGCCAAGUAAAAAUUAAAACAUGCUGUUGUCUGUACUAGAGUCGGGUUACUUAGCAUGCACUCCCCUGAGCAAGAGUUAACGGAUCAGGGAUCCCGCAAAAACCCCGAUUUUAUUCUUCACCUUUGAAUGCAACUUGAAAUUCAUGUCUGCAGUACAAGCUUGGCAUUGCAAGCAUCCUAGUGCACUAGCCAAUUUCAGUUCGUGCAUCUGAAUCGCGAAGAAAUUCAAAUUCAGUGUUUUUAGACUAACCUGUGGUCCGUACUCUCUUGCUUGCAAGUGUACAGUGUGAACAGGUUGUGGUGUACACACGACAAACAAGGAACAUGCAGGCAUAUUGUCUGCAUGCGCGCCUUUCUUGUAUUUAUUGUGCUGACACCACUGAUAUUUUUCCAAAUUUGAUUAUCUUCAAGUGUAGUGAUCAGCUGAGAAUUCAAGUGGUAUCAAAAUCUGGCAGGAAGAAAUUAACAUGAACAGCAGUGCACACUCCGUGCUCUCUAAAAUUUGGUCUUCAAUAGGCCUGCAGUAGAUGCAAUAUUUAUAAAUUACAUUCAUUGCAGGAGCACCUGUGCAAAUCACAGCAUUUUAACAUUCUUCAUGUCAGAUCCAACUGGACUCAGUUUCCUUUUCAACAAUGCAAAUUUUUCACAAAGAUGACUUCGGUGUGCUGGCCAGGACUGAUCUCCAUACUUGCUGCUGUGCAGUAUAUAUCCAGUGCAACCAAACCACAGGCAGAGAUAGACAGAACAAACAAAACUGCCGGAGACUUGUACAAACAACUUUGGCAAUCACGCAGACUCAUGCCGACCUGGGCUUAUGAUGAAUCCUAUGAUUACAGGCAACUAAUGAUGCAAUGAAUGUGCUAAACAUUGCCCAGACGUGCAGGUCCACUUACACCACGAAGUUGUACCACUUCCAUUUUUUUUUUUGAAGCAAGGGCACUGAAUUGACAGUACUAAUAGUACCAAUAUAGAAAGUAGCCACAAUUUUGCCAAACACAUGUUGCAACUUCUCUCCCGCAUAGUCUGCACACGUCUGCAAUUACUGGAUAAGUUCCCCCUCUCGCCCCUCCACUUCUCAGCUCGUAAUGUGUCCUUAAUAGUGUGUCAUUGGCAGCUGCACUCUUAAUAUUUUUACAUGUCUGCUACCUAGACUGACCAUCUCCAUGCCAAACUUCUUUGGCACCUCAUGUAACCCUCAGCCAAAUACAAGUGUUAGCACUGCUCAAUGUAUGGCAUGGGAAAAAAAAAAAAGCCCACCUUGGGCAUAAUUAUAAUUGGAGAUGGCUAUGACACUCUUCCCGACUUUUAUACUUGCUUCUAUUGUGCUUACAUAUGCGGACAAAAAUGAAUAAAAGCUCUCACAUUGGCA